AUGUUGCUGCCACUGCUGGGCGCCUGUGCUGUGGUGGGGCCAUUCCAUGGCCCUGAGUGGGAGCCAGUGCAGGACCUGCUCUCUGAGGAUCGCAGCUGCAGGGACCCUCGGUGCUGCGGCAACCUGCUCAUCCUUUGCCUCUUUCUGAUCUGGCAGGUCCGGCACUAUUGGCACCAGGCCACCAGGACUCACCUCAACAUGAAAAAGGUCAUCAAGGUGCCACCACAGAAGUGGGCAGUGCCCUCCAGGAGACAUAACACUUGUUUUGGGCUGACUCCUGAAUUCUUCAGUCCUGGAAAGUUCAGGGGCCUGGAUGCUCAUGUGCAACAAUGGGCACAAAAGAAGAGAUGGGAAUACCAGAGGAGCCUCCAGGAGUCAUGGGCCAAAUACCUGCUCUCUUGGCAACACCUAUGUCAGGACUCACCUUGGGAUUUCUACACCCCUUCUGAGCCCAUCUUUUGCACCGCCUCCUUUUCAAGCACCUUUAUGCUUCCUCAAGACAGUUCUUGGGAAGCAUGGAAGGUACCCUGGUGUCUCAGCGAUGACCAGACUCACUUGAUUUGCAAGCCACUGCCCCCGGCCCUGGACAUGUACCAGAGGAUGAAGCAGCUGCUUGUCCACUCCCAGGAAGCACUGGUGCCACUGGAGCAUGUUGUCAGCAUGAGAUCCCACCCUGCCUCCAUGACUUUAAUCACCACUCUCCCAAACCUUCCUUCAGCUCAGAGGCUGCAGUUCUGUUCCAGAGAGUUCCUGCCUGUUCCUUCUAAUCAACAAGUGGGAAUGCCCAUCUGGAAGUCCUGGGGCUGCCCACAAGAGGCCUGGGGAACCAGAGAAAGUGCAGAGCUGAGGAUGCUGACGGACCUCAAGUUCCUAGUGGAGGAAACAAGGACCAGGUUAGAGGAAAGGAUGCUGCUAAAGGUAAUCUCCGACUUGACUGUUCAGAGGGUGAGGGGCCCUCAGCCCUCACUGGCUCCAGAUAUGGGGCCACGGAACAAGAACAGCCAUGCUCCCCAAGCUGCCACAGCUCUGGUGGGUGAUCCCACUGCCCUCACUGUCCUGCCCAAGUGGCCAGUCCUCAAGAAGAGCCAACAACUGCUUUUGGAGUCCCUCAUGCGGCGGAAGAUUGCACACCUGAAGUGGGGCCUUCCCCAGCAGAUCCUGGAGUCCUAUGUGCUCUCUAACUUCUUAGAACCAUGCCCGCUGCCCCUUGCUGAGGGCUCGUUCAAGUGCGCUUGCGCAGAAACUGCGCGGGAAAAGGUGCUACCGCGGUGA